AUGGCUUGCUUGAAUACUCUCAAGCAGGAGAUAAAAACUCUCGAGUCUGUCUUCCCAAAAAGUCAUGAAAGGUUUCAGAUAAUGUCCGCGAGUGUGGACGAGCUCAGCUGCAGAUUUGUCGGUAAAAAUGGGAAGAAAUAUGAAAUUCACGCCAACAUUACCGAAACCUAUCCUUCGACCCCACCAGUCUGGUUCGCAGAGUCUGAAGAAACAAGUGUCACUAACGCCGUGCAAAUAUUAAGUAACACAACGGGUCGUGAUAAUCACGUUAUUAAUCAAGUAGGAAUACUAUUAAAAGAACUAUGCCGCCUUCAUUCGAUACCCGAGCCACCGGAUGUCGAGAGAUUAAGAACGGCGUUAGAUCCCUUGAGAUUGGGAGCCUCCGCGACUGCGGUUGUUGCACAACGAAUGGAGGCCGAAGAAACCGAUGAGCUUGAGGAAGAGGAAGAGAGCGAGUCCGAGGAAGAUCUCCAUCUGGAAAUGGAUGACGUUGAUGCCAACAAGAAGAAUAAGGCUGAUGAUAUGGAUUUAGAACACUUAGCAACGUUAGAAAGGCUGCGGCAAAAUCAGCGACAAGAUUAUUUGAAGGGUUCGGUAUCGGGUAGUGUACAAGCUACCGAUAGACUUAUGAAAGAAUUGCGUGAUAUUUACAGGAGUGACAGUUUUAAAAAAGGAAUGUAUAGCAUAGAAUUGGUUAACGACAGUUUAUAUGAAUGGAAUAUCAGGUUAAUGUGUGUUGAUCCUGAUUCACCGUUGCACAAAGAUUUGGCACUUCUUAAAGAAAAAGAAGGCAAAGACAGUAUUCUCCUCAAUAUGAUGUUUAAGGAAGCGUAUCCUUUUGAACCACCUUUUGUACGAGUAGUUCAUCCUAUAAUAUCCGGUGGUUACGUGCUAGUGGGAGGAGCUAUUUGUAUGGAAUUGCUCACAAAACAAGGCUGGAGUUCUGCGUACACUGUUGAGGCAGUGAUAAUGCAGAUAUCAGCGACAUUAGUGAAGGGUAAAGCGCGUAUACAAUUUCAGGGUGCUAGUGGAGCUGGUAAAAAUUGUGGUGGACAAGGCCAAUACAGUCUUGCCCGUGCUCAGCAAUCAUUUAAAUCUCUAGUGCAGAUACACGAAAAAAAUGGCUGGUUUACGCCUCCGAAAGAAGACGGCUAA